GGAAACAAAAUACAAGAAAGCUUCAUAGAGGAAUUUUUUUUUCUAAGUACACAGUGGAGGAGAGGAAAAAAAAGAACUGUGGAUAGAUACUGUUGAACACACUGCCUCUACAAUCCUGAUCGUACAAAUGGUGACUAAGAAUUAAAAGAAAGGACUAUUUCUAUUCCAUACUGGAGCUUUGGUUGUUUACAAAACCACAUGGAUAUCAGUGGGCGCGUCCCCCUCAGCGUCUUUUUGUUUUUGUUUCCCAUGUUCAAUGGGCAGAGUUUGCAAGUGCGCUUCUGCCAUUGUGGACACUGAGUGAUGUUCUUGAGGCAAGAUGGACAAUGUUGCUGCCUAACUGGAGCUUUUUGGGACUGCGGUGCGGAGUGAGGAUAUCCCAAGGAUUGGGCUCCAUUGUCUUGUUUUGUUUUUGUUUUUGUUUUGUUUUUUUUCUCUCCUGGUGCGUGGAACGGAGUGCAGGGCGACGCCAGUCGGAAAAGGAACUGAGAGGCAAUACGAGUCCCGGGCUCAGUCCUCGCCAGCACUCACCCUGCCCUAACCAACUCACCUAUGCACUUUUGUUUGAAUUCAAGCUGUGAGGUACCAUUUUUUGGGGACGGGAGCACAACGGGAGGAUGGUGGCGUCACUGAAAAGAAAUUUCCGAAAAUGAACUGAGAGACUGGAGCCUCCUGUACAUAACCAUAUUUUUCUAUCACCUUUCAGAGUAGACUACAAGACGGCUUGCGGACAGAUGAAGGAAAACUCAUGACGCGCCAUUUAUGUCAGUGACUUUUUUUUAAGAAAAACUUUUUUUUAAAUUUUUUUUUUUAAACCUUCCCCCCUGGAGUUAGAUAGCUUCAGCAGGACUCUUCGCAAAUGGAUGUUGCCGUGGCUACGAGAUUGCUUUGACACAACCAUACAAGGUCCAAACCUUUGGCACUGUUUGCCUGUGUGCCACUUUGCCUGCAAUCGUCAGUCAAUCAGAUUAGACCCGACCCAGCGAACUCUAGCCUUUUGCAGCUUCCUGGAAAAAACCGGGCUGACGUGAGGACAACGGAUUCAGUCUGUGAGCCAUGACCAUCAUCACCCACCUCGGACGGGCUGCUCCGAAGUGGGUCCUAACCUACCAGCAGGCCCUGUUUGGAUGGCAAGGACAAAAGGCCCGUUUGGCUUCGAGUGGAUAACGAACCGCCACGAAGCUCUGCAGCCGUGAAUUAGGCUGGACUGAAAACUUGUACAAAAAGAAAAAAAAAAAAAAAAACAAACGAAAAAAAAAAGACUUUUGACACAAGUUAACUUUGCUCCAUGUCACAUAGAUUCUCCAGUCACACGCACACACCAGUUCAAUUUGGGGCUUUGUAAAUACUGUACAUUUGUAUGUUGGUGGUUUUGAGUCUCCCCCCCCCCUCCCCCCCCCCCCCCCACAUCUUCUAAUUUUCCAGUUCAACAUGCCUUAAAACUGUACAGUCGAAUCCGGAACGGCUUCACUGACCAGAGAAUUUUGAGUCGGACACAACUGCAUAACAACCUGCGCUAUGUACCGGCCUUUCUGGUUAUAUCAAGAACAGAGCAGCAAGCUUUUCUUGACUAUGUAUGUAUAUAUUUUUGGAACUGGUGGUUGGCUUCCCCCCGUUGUUUUUUUUUUUCCAUUGGAAAAAUAGUGUUUAGAUGCGUGGCUGGGGCACUGCAGACUGACUAAAAGUGUCUGGUGGUAUUUGGAGCUGAGCUGAAAGGACAGAAGUUAAAUCUGAUUUGUUGCUGCGUGACCAAAUAUCAAUAAGCAAGAUGUAAACCUUGAAGCCAAAUUAAACCAGAUCAUCGUUCAAUUUAGAGUUUGCAGGUUUAUACUUUUACUGAAGUUGUACAUUUCUAGAUGCUUGCUGUAUGUAUCCUGUUUUUGAUGCAUGACCGUAUCAUCAGAUUUCAUAGAUUGAUGCUACCGUUUCCAGUGAUUACAGAUUUACUUUCAAUUAAGAGCGAUGCACGUUAGCUUUGACUUGUACUGGAGCAGAUUCGUGUCAUUUUGACUGAGCUAAAAGGUGUGAAUUAUAGACUAAAACCCAUGUCAGUCUGUCAGAAAAAGACUUAUUUUUAAGAUGAAAUUCAGCGAUUCUUGUUGGUCUUUAGUAAAUUGUUGCAGCUAGAUUUGCUGCACUGCUGAUUUUAUGACAAGAUAAACAGUUAAAUUGUAUUGUACGAGGCAUACAUGAUCAUCUGGUUGUGUUUGGCAUUCUCAAACAAAACACUGACACUAACAUUAAGUUGUAUAACCCAAUCAGCUCAGCUCCUUUUGUUUUUAGUCUAGCAGAGUUGAAGCGGAAGUCAAGUUCAAAUUUUGUGGGGGACGAUUUGUCCUAUGUGCCUUCACGAGUCUGAACAAACGUUAUUUUUUGUGAAAUAAGACUAAUCCACCCACACUCGUGAUGCCGUGUUUAGACUACUCUAGACAUCGGUGUUAAUUUUUCAUUUGUUAAAUAAGAGUAAUACAUGAUAACGUGUUCAGACUAGGCGGAGGGGGUAGAACAUGAUGGCAAAGAACAUUUUCGACUUGGCAAAGGACAUUUUCGACUUGACUUCACGCUUCAAAGGGCUUAUGUUCUUUUGGUGGAAAAAAGAGCACCCGAAAGAUAUGUAAAUAAUUUGGAUUGUUAUGUUUGAAGAACAAAAUAAAUAUUAGCAGUUAGCGACUGACCCUUGCGCAAUUCAUUUGCUCCCCAAAUCACGCAUACCAACGUAAUCGCGCGAGACUUGCUGAACACAUGGCUACACGCCAUAAAUGCCUCUUCCUGCUCAGAGAAAACAAAAACUCCGAUAUAGAACAUCUCCAGAUACCUCGUUCAAGUAGACGCCACACACGCUUCAAUACACUCCGGUGGAACCUUCGCCUCAACCACGAAGGAGAAUUUAAACUGAAUUUAACGAGACUAGAGGCUGGGAAGAGCCACAAAUCGGGCCUGUGGGUGCUGUAAUGUCCUCGUCUGCCAGCAUAUUUAGAAAGCCACCCUGCAGGAAGAAAGCAGACCACAGCUUUGCAUUUUUGACAGCCCACCACCAGGGAGGAACUAAGUCAUGACUGACGUGGGUAUGAGCCCUGAAAAUGCAGUGAUAGAGGGGCAGGACAUAGAGUGGGAUCGUGAACCACCUCAAGAGGAUGCAACCGUCCAGGAGGAUUGGGAUGAAGGAAGCCUCACUCCUGCCAAACGUCCCCGGCUUGGUGACGAGGGACAGGGGCUGCAUGGGGAUCUCCAGCCAGCACAAGCAGACAUGGAGCAGGACGAGCAAACAACAGAAACCACCCUGCAUGCUGAAGUCGGUGGAGAAGAAGAUGAAGAUGAAGAGGGGACGACUUUAGGUGGAGGCACCGAGGAGGAGGGGCAUUGCCAGCAGAAUGCCGAUGGCUGCCAUGAUGGAGGGAUGCAACCAUUGGAGGAGAAGCCUAAUGAAUCUGCUGACAGUCCCAAUGAAGGACAGCAAAACCUUGCCUUAGACUUUUCCCAGACCCCCCAGGUACUGACGAGCUCCUGGAACGAAUACUCCAAUUUCCCAGAGAAUUACCUCAAAGGUUGCAAAUGGGCUCCGGAUGGUUCCUGUAUCCUGAGCAACAGUGCAGACAAUGUGCUCCGCGUCUACAACCUUCCUCCAGAGGUUUAUACCUACAACUGGGAUGUGCUGCCAGAGAUGAGUCCGGUGCUGAAAAUGGCUGAGGGAGACACUGUGUAUGACUACUGCUGGUACCCCAAAAUGAACUCUCUGGAGCCUCACACCUGCUUUUUUGCCAGCAGUAGCCGCGACAACCCGGUACACAUCUGGGACGCCUUCUACGGGGAGGUGCGGUCCAGCUUCCGUCCUUACAACCACCUGGACGAGCUGACGGCGGCCCACUCGCUCUGCUUCUCCCCCGACGGCUCGCAGCUCUACUGCGGCUUUGACAAAACCGUCAGGGUCUUCUACACCGAGCGGCCCGGCAGAGACUGCGAGGAGCGGCCCACCACAGCGAAGAAGCAAAACGGCCAGAGCGGCAUCAUCUCCUGCUUGGCCUUCAGCCCGUGCCAGUCGCUGUAUGCCUGCGGCUCGUACUCGCGCUGCGCCGGCCUCUACUCGUGCCAGGACGGCACCCUGCUGGCACUGCUGCCCACCCGCCACCGCGGGGGCCUCACCCACCUGCUCUUCUCACCCGACGGCAACUACCUGUACACGGGGGGCCGCAAGGAUCCCGAGAUCCUGUGCUGGGACCUUCGAGAGCCCGGUCAGGUCGUGUUCUCGCUCAAAAGGAACGUGGCGACCAAUCAGCGCAUCUACUUCGACCUGGACCCGUCGGGCAGGUACCUGCUGAGUGGGGGCACAGAGGGAGAGGUGUCAGUGUGGGACACCCAGACCCCCCCAGGUGGUGAGGAGCUACUGCAGCCUCAGCUCAGGUUCCAGGCCCAUUGGGACUGCACCAAUGGGAUCAGCAUUCAUCCGUUCAUGCCGCUGGUGGCCACAUCAAGUGGCCAGCGGCAGUUCCUGUGGCCCAGCGACGGCGAGGGCGACUCGUCCUCCUCGUGCUCUGACACUGAGGGAGGCGACCCGGCCGCCAACCGCGCCGACAACGGGCUGAGCAUAUGGUGGGCCGGACCGUGCGGACCCCCCGCUGAGGAGCAGAGUGAGGAGGUUUCAAACAUGCACAGUUGAACUUCAAUUUCACGAGGACGCAAAUUAAGACAUUUGUGCGAGAAGCGUUCUAUUUUUGUGAUUUGGACUUUUUUUUUUUGGUGUGUGGUGCUACAAGUGUGCAUCUGAUCAUGCGCUUUGCUUUUUUAAACUGCUGCUUGUACAUAUGCAACACAUUUUUCAAACAAAUACAAUCUGAAUACCCUGACAAAUUGUCGUCCACAGGCUGUCAAGAGCACACUGAAGCACCAGGGGGCGCUCCAACCCCUUCAAAGUUGGAACAUUUUCAGCCACUUGCAGGGCGGUUGCGCAAAUCACUAGAUUUACCCAACUGACUAAAUGAUUUCCAAUACUUUUCCGUGUGGACCAAUCGGCAAAAUGCAGACAAAUAAAUAAAGAAAAACAUAAAUUGGUU